CUACUGCCUACGGUAGAAAAAAUGACCCGAGUCACUUGCAGCCUGGAUGGAACAGUGGUAUUGAUGGUUUCUUUCUUAAAUUCAAACCAGUCUCCUAGACAUGAAGGUGGGAUUCGAUCUGCCAGGCGAUUGUCCACGUCCUGUCACUCAUCGUGGCUGUGAUCUCCAAGUGCUGUUGCUGCGCAGCCCCGCGUGGAUCCGCGAGACCCUCUGUCUAGAGAAAGCUUUUUGUUUACUCUUUCCCUCCUAUCUUUGCGAUUAGCAUCUCUUUUUAAUUCUUCUGCCUAUUUUUCUUUAUCGAGACGAUGAGCGCUCUCUAGAUCGACUCCUGACAUCCUACGCGUGGCGCUCUCUCUCUCUCUCUCUCUUUAAUGACGUCCUCCGCGGCCACCUCCGACCAACGUCCCACACGCGGCCCAGUCGAGGCCCGGUCGUUGUCUGCCAUCACCUCCGUCGCUUCAGACCCGCCGGCGUAUCCUCGCAAUCCGACACAAGCGAAGCUUGGUCCGCUGGUGUUGUAUAUUGUGAGAGUUCCCGGGAGUAAAGAUGUGUUCUUGACUCCUCUGAAACCAGCCGUGAAAUCCAGUAUUUCAGCGGAGGCAAUUAAUGCAUCGUUAUACUACUUACAUGUGGCGACACCCAACGAUGAGGCUCUGCUGCAGGAGCUCGAGCAAGAGCAGGCAGAGGAACGCCAGUUGCGGGAGGUGAAGGACAGACUCGAUCUGAUGACGGGAGGGCCGGAGUUUGCUCGAUUGAACCAUAUCAAGCGCAAGCCAGUCCCUGGUAGCAGUGCAGUUGCACCGGCACCACAAUCUCAUACAGACGCAGUGACAGAACAGCCGGAUUUUGCACCGCCGUUACCACGCCGACCAGUUCCUACGCCCCUAUCUUCGGCCCAGAUUAAUCAAAAUAGAGAUAUCUCUCCUGCAGUUCCUUCAGUCAAGACAGACCUGCCACGACGACCGCUGCCACCUGUGCCUACGGAUGCGUCUCCGUUGGAGCCCUGCAACAGUAAUCUGCCAGAGAAAAGGUUGAAUCGAUGGAGCGCUCUGACGGGGUACCUCAAUAAUAAAGGUCUGGACAGCUGGAAAGAAAAGUAUGGGAGCAAUCUGGCUUCGAAACUCCCGUUGCAGAGACCUCAUUCAUCACAUGGAGCCCCCUCCGCGGGCGCCCAGGGGCUGUCCGUCAGGCUAGCUUCUGAAUCUUCUUUUUCUUCCUCCCCGGGGUUCCAGAUCACGCUCAUUCGGCGUGAUCUCUCGUCCGGCAGCCAAUGGAAUGUGGCAAUUAUAAAAACCUCUGAGACAGAUCCUGGCGCCGUGGAUAUCGAAAUCACCACACCCGGGUAUAGUAAAUUUGCGGCGAACAAUGAGCCGUUCUCACUUGCGAACCUAGGCAUCAACCUGCCCUCAGAAAUCCGGCAAAAUGCUAUAUCCAUGUCUACCCAGCAGUACCCCGGUCACAAUCACAAUAGCAACCCCGGGAGCCCGCGAGAACCCCCUAGACGCAAGCAUUUCUACCGGAAGCUACACGUCUCGAGACACCUUGACGACUCGCGAAAUCCGCACGACGUACAUUACCGUGCAUCCCUAGAUGGAGGGAGCAGUGGGAUGGCUGGGAUAUACGGCCCGGGGUCUUCCAAACUCAAGAGCGGCUACUACACCUUUCUGUCACCAUGGAACGGGAUUUGCACGUUUUCGACAAGCGUCAAUGGCCACAGUUUGAAAUGCAAGCAUCUGAUACCUACGCCUGGCUUUUCGAACUCGGCCGUCUCGCCAUCUGCUAGCUUCUCAUCAUCUUCCUAUUCCUCCAACCCCGCCGCCACGGCCGCAGAGAUCCGAUUCAACGGUCCCUUCCAAGCAAGCCAUCUUCACCAACGCCCCCCUCACCUUUCACCGCCGAACAACACCAAUACCACCACCGGUCUGAAUUCAUCAUCAACUACAGACCCAACGUCAAGUCCAACCGCUAGAUCGUCCAAACGCGGAUCUCUUGCCACCUUCCUCAACACGAAGAACCGCCUUUCUCGCCCCCGGUCCCGCUCCGCCGUCAGCACCAUCUCAACCAGUAGCGGGUCCGAAUCGGAUGAAACCUCCCACAGAGACCGGGACCGAGACCGGGACCAAGACCAAGACCGACUGGACUUGUCGCUAGCCAAGGAGCUGGCGGGCGGCGGGAUGCGUGGGAAAUCAGCCAAGUUGGGCAAACUCAUCAUAGACGAUGAAGGGAUCAAGAU